AUGACAAUAAAAUUGUCGAAACGUCGUCGACCAAAUAUUAAACGACUUCUUCAAAUUGAAUUUUCAUCACUAUUGACUAAUGAUGAACCAUUUAAACUUGAACUGCUAAGUUUAUUAGCUGAUUCAAUAUCGAAUAUUCAUACAUAUGAAUCUAUAUUUAAUGGAAAUAUUGCAAAACAUGAUUUAAUAUUGUUUAUUGAUCGAAUUAUGUUUAUGAGUGAUAAAGAACAAGUAGUUGAUACAUUAAGAUUAAGAUUUAUGGGCAAUCAAGUGCCAAUCGUUGAAUAG